CGCUUAGUCUUGACACAAGACUGCGUGCACUGUAAAGUCUCCACGCUCCAUAGACGCUUGUGGCGGCUUGUUCCAGUGCCUCCCAGUACAUAGUUGGAUUUUGCCUUCCAACACCGUCCUCGCCACCACCUCCCCUCAGCCCGAACCUUUUUUCGGGACGCCAGGGCCCUAUCUUUGAAUGCAAGUCGCGGAUGACUGCAUUUUCUAUUAUUGAUGCUCAAAGCGUUUUCGCUGGGCUCACUCUCCAGUUUGACGACCCAUCAACGUCUUCGCAAAUGUUUACUACGCCAUACUUCACAGCCGGCAAAAAUUACACGUUUUACGUCGAAGGCCCUCCCCCGUCUCCGUGGCCGACACAAUGCAGACGGGGCCAGCUUCCGGAAUCACCCACCUCCCAUACCUACACAGAAGACAUCUCAAGUAGGAAGCGUAAAAGAGAACGGGGUAGUAGCUGUAGAGGUCAGCGGUGUAGAGGAUCCAAAGACAAAAUCUUCGCGUCCAGUCGACGCGCAAGAACGCAAUUCUCUUCGUCCUGUGAAGGACAGAAUAUUCUGGAACCGGGAGCACCCAAUUGUUCGAGAGCACCCCAUGUAUAUCUCGGGAAAAUCCAAUCAUCAUCUCCCAAUAACACCUCUCUACGGAGGCAAAUUCUGGAAUGGAAAGAAAUUCCUGCCCCGCCAUCUUCAACACCAGCCUACCGCCGACGCCGACACGACUACUCCGAAGCUAGAUACCGAAAACUCUUCCGUUUUGUCGUUCUAUCAAAACCUUCAUAUUAUAGCCAACACCCAGUCAGUUUCCGAGGCAUGGAAAGCGUAUUCAAACCUUUUGAACUCCCCCGCUCCAGAGGGCGAUUGUGGGCGUCCAAAGAUACCUUUCCAACAUCUUCAUCGACUAUGUCGACUUUUUGCCAGCAGACAUCCCAAGACUCGGACACAAUUUCUUCGUCUUCUAUCAGUCCUGUGCACCCUCCGCAGAACAGGCGGAAUCAUUCAUCUUCAUGAGUGGAAUGCCCUCAUCGCGCAUGCUGGAGAAGGAUGGCGAAGAAAUCGGCCAGAAGAGUUUAAACUGGCGCUAGACGUGUUCAAUGAAAUGUCUUUGGGAUUGCCUCCUGGAAGUACAUUUUCUCCUUCAGAUCACCCACCUCUCGACACUUCUCAGCCAGUUCAACCCGAUAUCUAUUCUUACAACACUUUGCUGAGCAUCGCAGCGAAGACGUUGUACCCUCCUACUCUAGGACGGGCAACUACCCUCAUGCGUUCUUCAGGGCUCCCCCCAGAUAGAAUAACUCACCUUUCUCUCCUUACUUUCUUCUCCGCGACCACGAAUCUGUCGGGCGUCCGGUCCACUCUUCACAAGAUGCGGCAGCAAGGCUUGGAGCUUGGUCUCGACGGUGUCACUAGUUGCAUCUGGGCCUACAAUCUCGCCGGACGUAUGGAUAUCGUGGACUUGAUCUAUCGUGUCCUCAAGCAUAAUUCCAUCUCGGAUCCGAGGCUGAGAAACGCCAACUUCGAUUCUGAUCGAAUAGCUGACAGUCUUCGUACGCUGGAGACCGAAGGCAUCCUCAUACCGGAAGAGAUGAUCCCCAACGAAAUCACUUUCACAGAAAUGAUCCAGGCGCUGGCUUAUCAUGGAGAUUUACACGCGGCUAUCAACGUCUUUUUAGACAUGUUAUCUUCGGAUAACAUCGAAGUGGGGGCUCCCCUCGUACGCGGAGAAGAUGGACUUGAAUAUCACACGAAGUAUUCUCCCACCUAUGCCGUCUUUCGAGGCCUCUUUCUCGGGUUCUCGCGACACGGGACCACUGAAUCUACAUCCCAAACUUGGACGUUGGAUAAUCUCCGCGAGAUAUAUCGUGAUUUCAUGGCUUUCCCCGAAAUCAUCCACCCUUCCCCUUUAUUACUCUACUGGAUCUUACUCGCGUUUGAUAAGACCACAGGGCAUGACAUCAAUAUCAUUAGAAAGGUGUGGCUGGAAAUGGAAGCUCGAUUUACUGACAAUUGGGGAGGGCGCAUGGGGCGGUUGCGGACUAUCAUCUUCUCUGAGGAUGCGCAAACUCACUUGGAGCAUAUCGGAUUUCGUGUUACGCCCCCCGCAUCGGAGGAGCCUGGUGAAUGGGUUUAGGGAGGAUUAUUUAAACAGUACCUUGUUUACAAUACCGCUUUUAAUAUUACAAAGUCCGAUUUCUAUAUUGGAACUGUU